UAUAAAUGGCGCCUUAGAUCAAUCUCUUCUGCGAUCUCUGCUCGUCAGAGGUAUUUUCGGGUUCCCAUUUUGCUUUUCAGGAACCGAUAGGGUCAGUAGUUGAGGACUAUAUAGAACGGGAGUAACAUUUUUGGUGAUGUCUUUUGACGGAGCUGAGAAGCAAUGGAAAUGUGUGAAGGGAGGCCCAGUUAAUUUCCACAAAGUGAGUUCGAUUGUUCGCGAUAUUGGAGAGCCAUGUCUUCAUCAAUCACCUAUGAAGGUUGUGUCUGCAAUCAACAAAAUGCUCAAGCCAGACAAGUGGCAGGCAACCUUUGACAGUGAAGGAAAGAUUUAUGGUUUUCAUAAAGUGUUGAAAUUGAUUAUUCUUGGGGGUGUGGAUCCAUCCAUAAGACCUGAAGUUUGGGAAUUUCUUUUGGGUUGUUAUUCUUUGAGUAGCACUUCUGAAUAUCGGAGGCAAUUAAGGACAGCUAGAAGGGAACGGUAUAGAGACCUUGUAAAGCAAUGUCAACUGAUGCACCCUAGCAUAGGUACUGGUUCUCUAGCCUUUGUUGGGUCUAAAGUCAUGGACAUGAGGAUGAGCUCCAAAGACGAUGGAACAAGACCCUCAGAAGUCCAAAGUGGACAGAAAUCAGAAGCAUGUAAAGAAAUAGAUGAUAACGGAGUUGUGAAUAGAAAAUGUGCCGAUACAUCUUAUAUAAAUCAAGAACAAAGAUAUAGUGAUUUUUCUGACCUUGUAACUGUACGGGAAAGUACGAUGGGAGGAGCAUAUGAUUCUUCUGGUCCUCUACCUUCUGAGCCAUGCAAUGGUAGUUUGGCAGAUGCUCAUGGCACACACAAGUUGGAUGUUGCCGCUGAAAGUUUCUUGGAUUUUCAUGAUUUACUUGUUACGGAUUUAUUUGAUGACAGUAACAAAGAUAGGGACAUAGUUAAGUUACAUGAGAAGAAAUGCUCAGCACACCAUAAUUUGGGAUAUAAAGAUGAGCACAUGCAUAGUUUUCGGAUUAACAAUAAUGCUGAUCUUAUAGCGGAAUCUAGUAUCUUUCCAUCUAAUGAAGUCUCACAAUAUGCCGACUCUAAAAGUGAAAUUACUCACUGUGAUUUGCAUGAGACUCGGUCACAAAAUUUGGAGUAUGAAGCAGAAAUGCUUAGCGGGCUUAAAAUAUCUGAUGGACCAGAAACACCACCGAAACUUAUGACUGCUUCUCAAGGAGGAAUUGUCAGUGAAGACAGAGUAUCUGAAUGGCUUUGGACACUACACCGAAUAGUUGUUGAUGUAGUAAGAACAGAUAGCCAUCUUGAGUUUUAUGAGGACACCAAAAAUUUGGCCAGGAUGUCAGAUAUUCUUGCUGUCUACGCCUGGGUUGAUCCAGGAACAGGAUAUUGCCAAGGCAUGAGUGAUUUGUUAUCUCCCUUUGUUGUCCUUUUUGAUGAUAAUGCUGAUGCAUUCUGGUGCUUUGAGAUGCUUUUAAGAAGAAUGCGGGAGAACUUUAAGAUGGAAGGACCAACUGGUGUAAUGAAGCAGUUGCAAGCUUUAUGGCAUAUAUUAGAACUUACAGACAGAGAGAUGUUUUCUCAUCUAUCUCUUAUAGGUGCUGAAAGUCUUCACUUUGCUUUUCGCAUGCUGCUGGUGCUCUUUCGACGGGAACUAACUUUCAGCGAAGCCCUUUGUAUGUGGGAGAUGAUCUGGGCUGCAGAUUUUGAUGCAUCUUUGACAUGUCUUCUGGCUGAGAACUGCCCAGAAGUAUUGGCUAUACAGUUACCUAAGGAAGCAGAAGCUGAAUCUAUUGAAGAGACCAUUGAAGCUCAUUCUGUUGGUUCAAAGGGUAGCUUUCCAGCAAAACAUGCUUUUGUAGGAUGCUCCAUCUCUGACAGCAAUAGAAUCAGAACCAUUUCUGCUAGACCAUUCUGUGGAUUGACAAAAACUUUCUGGACAAAGAAUGACCAUUUUAAGAUUCGUACUCUCUUAUCGUCAACAAGAAAUGGUGAUGAUGAACUUCCCGUUUUUUGUGUCGCGGCUAUUCUUGUUAUGAACCGUCAGAAAAUUGUCAGAGAAACUCACUCAAUUGAUGACCUAAUAAAGGUUUUUAAUGAUAAUAUUUUGAAGAUCAGAGUCAAAAGAUGUGUACGUAUUGCCAUGAAAUUACGAAAGAAGUACUUUUACAAGUUGAUCAAGAGUAGGAGUCCAGUGGUUCAUAAUGGUAGAUAAAUUCCAGUUUCUUCCUUUCAAUUGUGAUGGCAAUUGCUUUUAGAUCAGUGUAUCUGCUGAUUAUAUGAUAGCCACUUCCUGGGUGGAAGAUUUUGUCUUUAUGGGCAUCUGUCACGUGGCUUGAAAAGCGUCAAAUCUAUUCCGAAGUUACAAAAUUGUUACAAUUCCAAAUCUGGUUACAAAUUUUGCAAUUCUGCAUCGAGGAGGAAUGCUUUUCUCUGCAUGAUCUCUCACAGAAAAAAGCUACUGAAGUUCGAAUAGAUGCCACAUUCAACAAUUGUUACUUACAAUGAGAAAUGUAUCAUAGAUUUGAUUUUGUUAAAACUUCAUCGAUGAUCCAAGUGAGAUGCAUAAAACUUGCAACUCAGAUGCUAAUUUUCUUUUAGAUUCCAUGAAUCACAUCAUAUAAGAAACUUUGAUCUCUUUGUGUAUCUUGUGCACAAUAUGAUAGUUCUUUCCAUUACAAUUUUUCUUAUUUUCUUGGUGGAA